AUACCGUGCGUCGUCAGCUGGUUUAGUUCGUAACGGAUCGGACUUCCGGGCGAGAAAACGAACGAUCAAACGAGUGAGAGAAAGAAGGAGGGAGAGAAAGAGAGAAGGGGAAGUUAGCGUUGUGUCUCUGCUUCGAUCCUACAAAAUCAUUUCGUUUGAGUUCUUUGACGAAUCUUCGAAGAAUUUUUAAACAGGACGAAUAUGUCUUCUUGUACGAGGAUGCAACAACAUUCCGUUCAACAGACUAACGGUGAUGGUAAUCCGGGCUCACCAAGAAAGAAACAGAGAACAUCCACGAGUGGGCUCGUUUCCAAGGUCACGGUAGUCCUUGGCGCGCAAUGGGGUGAUGAAGGCAAGGGAAAGGUUGUGGAUAUGCUGGCAACUGAUGCUGACAUCGUAUGUAGAUGUCAAGGAGGAAAUAAUGCAGGGCAUACUGUAGUUGUAGAAGGUGCCGAAUUCGACUUUCACCUUCUGCCUAGUGGAAUAAUCAAUCCCAGAUGCAAAUCCGUUAUAGGAAAUGGGGUAGUUAUUCAUCUCCCAGGUCUCUUCGAAGAAUUAGCAAAAAAUGAAGCCAAAGGACUUAAAGAUUGGAAAGAUCGACUCAUCAUAUCGGAUCGAGCACAUCUGGUAUUUGAUUUGCAUCAACAGGUAGAUGGAUUACAAGAAUUAGAAAAGGGAAAUCAGUCUUUGGGAACUACAAAAAAAGGUAUUGGGCCAACCUAUUCUAGCAAAGCUACAAGAAAUGGACUUAGGAUCGGAGAUCUUUUGGGGGAUUUUGAAGUAUUUACCAAGAAAUUCAAUGCAUUGGUAUUCUCAUAUCAAAAAAUGUUUCCCGCAUUACAAGUGGAUAUUAACGCAGAGUUGGAACGUUAUAAAGAAUACGCAGAACGUGUAAGGCCGCUUGUAAAAGAAACCGUUCAAUAUUUACAUCAUGCUUUAAAAGAAAAUAAGAAGGUGCUAGUUGAAGGUGCCAAUGCUGCUAUGUUGGAUAUUGAUUUUGGAACAUAUCCAUACGUGACAAGUUCAAAUUGUAGCAUAGGUGGAGUUUGUACAGGUCUUGGUUUACCACCUAAUACGAUUGGAGAAAUUAUUGGUGUGGUAAAAGCAUACACUACAAGAGUUGGAGAUGGUCCGUUCCCGACAGAACUUCUUGAUGCAACAGGAGAAUUACUUCAAACUAGAGGUCACGAGUAUGGUGUAACUACUAAAAGGAAGAGAAGAUGUGGAUGGCUCGAUUUAACAUUGCUUAAAUAUACAUCGAUGGUUAAUGGAUAUACCUCUAUUUGUUUAACAAAACUGGAUAUUCUUGAUACAUUACCAGAAUUAAAAGUGUGCAUUGGGUAUCGUAUAAAUGGAAAAGAAAUAGAUUAUUUCCCAAGUACAACAACAGAAUUAGGAAAAGUUGAAGCCAUAUACGAGCGAUUAGAGGGAUGGUUAUCCGUAACUGAAGGUGUGCGUUCCAUAGAUAAACUACCGCAUAAUGCACGAACGUAUAUUCAGUUCAUAGAACAAUAUUUGGAUAUACCUGUUAAAUGGAUUGGCGUUGGUGCUGGUCGAGAAAGCGUAAUUGCUCUUUGACAAUGUAGGAUUUGUAUUGUGUUACUUAAACGCACCAUAUCUAGUGUAUUAUUAAUUUUAACUCUAUGUGUAAUAUUUCUGGUUCAGAGCUGAUGCACGCACACUACAAUAAGUUGAACACCAAAAAAAAAGAAAAGAAUAGUUUCGACAAAGUAGUUUUAUCCUUGAAUUUAAGUAAUUAGAUACUUAUAUUGUGAUUAUAAUGCAAUGAUAACAUUUAGUCAUUUGUAUAGUCAGUGUCUAUUAUCUGAGACCUCGAUGAUCAUUGUCAGUAAACUUUUUGUUGUUUUCAUCUACUAUUCAAGGAACAUAACUUAUUGUACAAAAUAUUUAAUAAUAUUUACUGUCUAUACAAUCUAAAAAAAAGCCUGUGUGUCAUUGAACCUAUUUUUUAAACAAAUAAUAGUAAAACAAUUCGAAUUAGGUAAUUCAAUGUACAAUAAUGCACUCAAUUAGUAUAAAUUACUAUCAUUAAUAACUUAAAUACUUGCUCGUAAUAAAUGAAAAUUACAAUUGGAUAGAUUCAAAUUAAUCGGUGCCAUAUGUUUUAUAUUAUCCAAUGAAAUAAAACACAUGUGGUA